UCAACGCCUUCGAGCAAAAUCCAACCAUCGGACUCGCCGUCCCAACUUUUUUUUUCCGCCGCUAUCCGUGCAUCAUAUAUAUCUAUAUCGCCGAAGCAACUGCAAACUUGGAUCUUUCCCUUGCUGUUUCUUUAUAACUCACGAAGUCCUCUUCCGCAACUCACCGACACUCCCGAUCCGACGGGCUUAUCUGUUUACGACAACCGAAACACACACAGACUCCGAAUCCAUCAACAGCAACAUACACAUCACAAAAUCCGUCAAGAUGUCUGCGUGGGAUACCGAUGUUGUCAAGAUUGGCAGGAACGUCCGCAGUGGUGGCGGCGCUCCUCGCGAGACGGUUGUCCGCAGCCAAUCUGCCCUGAACGCUGCUAAGCGCGCCGGUGCACCCAUCGUAACCGAGAAGAAGUAUAGCACAGGCAACGCUGCCGCCCGCCCCGCCGUAGAAGGCCAACGCCUCACAAUGGUCGACCGGGCCGAUGACGUCGUUAAGCCCAAGACGGUGGGCACCGUAGUGGGCAAGGCGAUCCAGAAGGCGCGGAACGAGUACCAGCAUCCCAACGGCAACAAGGGUCUGACGCAGAAGGAGCUGGCGACCAAGUGCAACACGACGCCCACAAUCGUCGCCAGCUUUGAGCGUGGCGACGCCGCCCCCGACCAGAAGGUGCUCGCCGCCAUGGAGCGGGUGCUCAAUGUCAAGCUACGCGGUAGCGACAUUGGCAAGCCCAAGUUCGAAAAGAAGGAGAAGAAAUAAGCUACGCCAGGGCUUCUUUACUAAAUUUACCCUUUCUCUUCUCUCCGGUUUGGGGCUCCCACCCCCAAACCAGUGUUUGCAAAGGUUGAGGGAUUCAAUUGGCGAACUACUGUGUCGUCGAUGGACGCCCAGCCUUUGCUGGGAAACACAGCAGCAUCUGAACAUGCUGCUCCUAUAUGACGGAUGACGGCCGGGAAGCACAAAGAGUGUUGGCAUGAAUGGGAUGAAUUUAGCGAGGACUGGGCUAUUUGCUUCUUGAUGCGGGCGUUGCACAGCACGGGUUCAAUGACUGGGAGCGGAUAGACGCGCCUGGACGAGGCAGAAUAGAGCUUUUGUUUUCGUGUAAUCAUGUGUCUCCCGUCAUGAUGUCUCUUCCUGCUGGACAGGAGUGGAAAGCGAACAAGCAUGCUAAUCC